ACCUCAUCCGCUGCAGUGUUUUCCAUUUUCGGGAUGCAAUAUCUUGUGUACAUCUUGGUGGUCAUUGGGUGGAUUCUCAUAACAGGGACAUUCAUUAUAUGUGGCAUAUUUCUUCUUCUUCAUAAUGGGUCCAGAACCCGAUGGCCCAUACAGCUCUGGACGACAUACUGCCAUGCGUGGACAAUGCCACGGCACAAGAGACUUUGAGGAAGAGCAAAGAGGUCACAUACCAACUCUGCGAUGUCAACAACAAGGUCAUCACCACCGUGUCUAACAACUUUCCUCCCGGUCUUUUUUACUACAACCAGUCUGGCCCGCGGCUUCCGACUCUUUGCAAUCCAUUUCAUGCUGACUUGACGGCUAGACCGUGUGAUCCUGGAGAAGUGCACUUGAGCAAUGCGACAAAGGUGUGGAACAAGUAUGUAUGCCAGGUCUCCUCUAGCGACAUAUGCACCACGAGCGGCCGUCUGACUCCAAAGAUCUAUUCCCAAAUGGCUGCCGCUGUAAACGUGAGCUACGGGCUGUACCAUUACGGCCAGUUCCUCACGGACCUCCAGAACUGUGACUUUGUGAGAGUGACCUUCAACAAAAUAUACACGACUUACUGUCCUGGCCUGCGACACUACAGCCAGUGGGUUUACGCAGGGCUUGUUGUGGUCGCUGUUGCAGUGAUGCUUUCUCUCACUUUCUGGGUCCUCUACGGGAGAGAGAGACGCCACCGGAUCUACACGAAAAAUCAUACGGAGAAGCAACCGGGGGAAGACUGAGAUGAAGAGCUACGGUAGUAGAUUUUUUUAUGCAUUUUCAAUCUUUGAUGACACCAUUCUGUCUCAGAGGCACACACAGACGAUGCGGGAACUGUUUGUGUGUGUGUGAGUGUCUGUGAAAGACUGGUGUCAGAUAUGGGAUUCCCGUGGAUUUUUUUUUGUACAACAAGAAGUGUACGCCAAUUCUAUUUUUUUGCACUUCACAGACAAUAUUUGUCUGUGUCGCGCAGACAAGAUUUGUGUGGAGUACAAGGAAAUGGGAUUGGUAUAAUGUUUGCUUGUGCUACUUUUUUUUCUUAGUGUACAAUGGAGAGCAUGAUUUGGUGUGUGUAAGAUGGGGUGGACAUAUAUGUUAUUGUUUGGUGUUAUUCUUUGAUAUUUAUGUGAAAUUCUUAUGAAUAUAUAUUCUCUUUGAAUCAGUAAAUGUGUGAUAUAUUA